AUGGCAGUUGCACAAUCCUCCUCUUCCUCAUCAUUUUCCUUCUUUUCUGAUUUUGGGCUGCUCUUGUACUUGAAGGAGUUAAACAAUAAUGAGUUAUAUAAAUUCAAGUUACUUCUAAAGGACACGGUGGAACCAGGGUGCUGCCCAAUACCCUGGGUUACACUGAAGAAGGCCAAACGAGAGAAACUGGCUAACUUGAUGAACGAAUACUAUCCGGGACAGCAGGCCUGGAAUGUGACUCUCAAAAUCUUUGGCAAGAUGAACCUGAAGGAUCUGAGUGCAAAAGCCAGAGCAGAGAUCAACUGUGAGUGGCCAAGGGAUAGAACUGGGAGCAGGGAAGGCAAUAUCCUGGAAGCCAUUGGGAUGAUUCUACAGGAGGGAUCUGAAUUAAACUUGUCUUUGGGACACAAGCUCCACAGUGGUCUUCUACAGGGGGCAGCCCGGGCUGUAAAACCAGAGGAGAUUGAACCCAUGGAGGUAGAAGCUCAAGAGCUAGGGCCGGGCGAGAGAACAGGAUACAGACUUCAAGUGAAGGAAAAUCUUACCAUUUUUUUGGAGAACUUUGUGCAGGGAGAUCCUGCAGAUAUCCGUCUUGAACUUUGUCCUCAGGAGCGACAAAUGUUCGAACACCUAUUUGAUGUGAAUGUCAAAACUGGUAAAGAACCACGGACUGUAUUGGUUCAGGGACCUGCUGGAGUAGGGAAGUCAACAUUAAUGAGAAAGGCAGUGAUAGACUGGGCAAAGGGCAAUCUCUAUCAGGAGAAAUUUACUUACAUUUUCUAUCUCAAUGGGAGAGAAAUUAGCCAGAUGAAAGAGUGCAGCUUUGCUCAACUGAUAUCAAGGGACUGGCCCCGAACAGAAGUUGCUAUUGAAACAGUUCUGUCCCAGCCUAGUAGUCUCCUUUUUAUUGUUGAUAGUUUGGGAGACUUGAACUUUGCCUUCGAGGAGCCUGAGUUUGCGCUGUGUAACGACUGGACACUGGAACACCCCGUGUCCUUCCUCAUGAGUAGUUUGCUAAGGAAGGUGAUGCUUCCUGAAUCUACCUUAUUGGUGCUAGCAAGACUCCCAAUUUCUGAAAGACUGACACCCUUGCUGAAGAGCGACCGUUAUGCCAAGCUCCUAGGAAUGAUUGAAGAUGAGAAGAUCAGGUACGUUCACCGCUGUUUUGGAGACCGUAAGUUGUCCACAAGAGCGCUCAACCUGCUCACAAAAAAUGAGAUGCUCUUUAACAUGUGCCGUGUCCCUAUUGUAUGCCGGAUGGUUUGUGCAUGUCUGAAACAGCAAAUGGAGAAAGGUGAGAACUUUGUAGCAAGUUGCCAAACCACCACCGCUCUCUUUACCUACUAUAUUUCUGACUUAUUUGCACAGGUAGAGGGAGGUUCCUCUUCUCUACCUAAUGAAAUCCAGCUGAGGAGACUGUGCCAGUUGUCUGUAGAAGGAGUGUGGACCAUGAAACAUGUGCUUUACAAAGACCAGCUCAGAAAGCAUGAGCUCACCAAACUCGAUAUCUCCAAGUUUCUGGACACAAAACUUCUCCAGAAAGAUCCUGAGUUAGAAAACUGCUAUGUAUUCACCCACCUGCACAUUCAAGAGUUUCUUGCCGCUAUCUUUUACUUGUUGAAAGAAAACUGGGAAAGCAGUGACUAUCCUGUCAAGUCUUAUGAAGACAUGAAGCUGUUACUGGGAAGUGUAAGUUACCAAUACUCCCAUUUGACUCAUUUGAAGUGGUUUCUCUUUGGCCUUUUGAAUGAGGCUAGAGUAAAUCAGUUGGAACAAAUUCUUCACUUUAAACUAUCCCUGGCAAUAAAGCAGCAUUUACUUCAGUGCAUAGAAAUGCUAGCCAACAGCGACUCUUUGCGCUCACCACUGGAAUUUAUGGACUUGUUACACUGUCUCUAUGAGACGCAAGAUGAAAAAUUCAUAACCCAGGUAAUGCAGCAUUUCCCAAACAUUGAACUUCAUAUUUGUGAACUAACCCAUCUGCCUGUGUCUUCAUUCUGCCUCAAGUAUUGCAUGCCUUUGAGGACCCUGAAACUGUCUGUGACUACUAUAUUUGAAAAGAUUUUCAGCGCAAAGCCAGAAAAUGAAGCUUGGCAGAGAAAUCGUUCUCAAAUACUUCAAAGCUGGCAUCUCUUCUGUUCUGUACUUCAUGUAAGUGGCCAACUGAGAGAAAUGGAGCUGUUCUACAGCACCCUUCAUGAAAUACCAAUGAAGACAUUCUACCAAGAACUUGGCCACCCAACAUGUAAACUACAAAAACUACUGUUGAGAUUUGUGUCUCUGCCAGUGGAGUGUAUGAAUAUCUUUAGCUUUUUGCAUCACAGCAAGACCCUGAUACAUCUUGAUCUGAAAGAGUCAAGCAUUGGAGAUAUUGGAGUUAUGUUGUUGUGUGAAGCCUUGGGAAAUCCACAGUGUAUUCUGCAGACUCUGAGACUGGAAUCCUGCAACUUAACUGCAGUUUGUUGUCCGAGUCUUGCUAAGGCUCUCACCAGAAGACUGAGCCUGAUAUUUCUGAAUCUAUCGACCAAUGAUCUGUUGGAUGUUGGAGUGAAGCUGUUAUGCAAGGCCUUAGGAAAUCCAAACUGUUACAUAGAGAAACUGUCCCUACAAAGCUGUGGCUUUACGGAAGCUAGUUGUGAGGAUCUUUCUAUUGCUCUCAUUGGCAAUGAGAGGCUGACACAUUUAUGCUUGGCAGAUAAUGUCUUGGGAGACAAUGGAAUGAAUCAUAUAAGUGUUGCCCUGAUGAAACGACAGUAUACUCUUCAUAGCCUUGUGUUGAGGAACUGCCACCUCACUUCACUUAGCAGUGGAUGUCUCGCAACCUCGCUUCUACAGAACAAGGGUCUGACACAUUUAGAUCUGGGAUUAAACAGGCUUGAAGAUGAGGGCGUGAUACCUUUUUUGCAUCUCAUUGGACAGCCAAGCUGUAAUCUCCAGGAUUUGGAAUUGAUGGGCUGUGCUGUCACUAGGGCAUGCUGUCUGGACUUGGCGACUGCUAUUUUAGACAGCCCUAACCUGCGAAGCCUAGAUCUUGGGAGAAACAACUUGAAGAAUCAAGGAAUGGAAGCCCUGUGUGAUGCUUUGAGAUGUGCAAACUGUACCAUUGAGAGUCUUGGGUUGGAACAAUGUGGUUUGACAUCUGCCUGUUGUGAAGCGUUAUCCUCAUCUCUUCUCAACAACCAAAGACUGAUAAAAAUGGACCUGUCACAGAAUAAUCUAGGGCGUGAAGGAAUUAGUAUACUAUGUGAAGUCUUGGGGUCUCCAGAUUGUAAACUACAAGUUCUAGGGUUAUCCAUGAUCUUAUUUGACAAGCAAACCCAGAAGCUGCUGGAGUCUACGGAAAGAAACAGCCCACACCUAGUCAUUCAGUCACACACUAAUGACCACCACGAAGAAGAGUCCUGGUGGCAGUGUUUCUGA